AUAGCCGAAGCUUGAAAAAUGCAGCAAGAGGACUGACAACAUCGGAGUGAGACAGACCGAAGAGGAAGAAGAAACAAUGGGGCCUUCAUGUGUCGCCACGACAAGCUUUUUAUCCACGGUUCCUGACCCUACUCUGCGUCUAAGAUCCUCCAAGCUUCCCCAUCUGAGUAAGGAGAAGAGGAGACGGUCCCCUGGGUUUCGUUCUGGUUUAAAGGUUGAAGCUUAUUAUGGUCUAAAGACUCCCCCUUAUCCACUUGAUGCUCUGGAACCAUACAUGAGCCGAAGGACACUGGAGGUGCAUUGGGAUAAACACCAUCGUGGUUAUGUGGACAAUCUAAAUAAGCAGCUCGGGAAGAAUGAUAUACUUUAUGGAUACACCAUGGAAGAGCUAAUCAAGGCAACAUACAACAAUGGAAAUCCUUUCCCCGAGUUCAACAACGCUGCUCAGGUCUAUAAUCAUGAUUUCUUCUGGGAGUCUAUGCAACCUGGUGGUGGAGACACACCCCAAAAGGGUGUGCUUGAGCAGAUCGAAAAGGAUUUCGGUUCCUUCACAAAUUUCAGAGAGAAGUUCGUCGAUGCAGCUCUUACUCAAUUCGGUUCUGGCUGGGUUUGGCUUGCCCUAAAACGGGAAGAGAGGAGGCUUGAGGUUGUGAAAACAUCAAAUGCACUUAACCCACUCGUGUGGGACGAUAUUCCUAUCAUCUGUUUGGAUGUGUGGGAGCAUGCAUAUUAUCUGGACUACAAGAACGACAGAGCUAAGUAUGUAAACACGUUCAUGAACCAUUUGGUGUCAUGGAAUGCUGCAAUGGGCCGCAUGGCUCGUGCUGAAGCGUUUGUGAAUCUGGGCGAACCCAAGAUCCCUGUCGCUUAGACGCCACACCAUCUUCUUCCGAGAAUGGCGCAUAUAAACAGAGCCCUGGCAUAUCCCCGACCAAAGCAUGAAGAGAAACACAUUUCUGUCUGUCCACUGCCCACGGUGGUUUUUGCCUCUGUUCCAUCAAGACAUAAUAACACUAGGCGAUCUUGAGUUGAAUCUUGGGGAGAUGAACUGUUAGAACAUAGGAGUAGGGAGUUGAAAUUAAAGUUCUUCAUCUUGUACCGUUGGUUUAUUACCGCUUGUUUGGACGUUUACCCAAUAAUUUCCCGUUCGCUUCCAGAACAGUUCUUGUAAUAUAUUUUCAUUUCAAAAUCCCAAAGAAAAAACUA